AUGAUGAAGUGUCUGGUUUUCGGCUUCCUUUGCCUCGCUCUUACCGAGGGACUCAUCAGGGUUCCUCUGCUCAGGUUUAAGGAGAUGUACGAGGAGCUGAGGGAGAGAGGCAUGCUGGAGGAGCUUCUGAAAAGCAAGCAGUUCAGCGCAGAGGGAGUGUACUCCGAGGGGCUGAUCAACCAGCAGGACAUGGCCUAUUUCGGCAAAAUCAGCUUGGGGACCCCUCCACAGUCCUUCUAUGUACACUUCGACACGGGCUCCACAACGCUCUGGGUCAACUCUGUGUACUGCAAGAGCGAGGCCUGCACAUACCAUCCCCUGUUCGACCCCAGAAAGUCCUCCACGUACCACAGCGACGGGAAUCCCUUCUCCAUCCACUACGGCACCGGCAGCCUGACCGGGGUCAUCGGCUAUGACACGGUCACGGUUGGUGGGGUGACCGUCACGGACCAGAAGAUCGGCCUGAGUGUCACAGAGCCAGGGAAUCACUUUGCAAGGCCUCUGCACGACGGUCUCAUGGGCCUGGCCUACAAGCCCAGCCAGCAGACCAUUGUCGACACCAUGAUCCAGGAAGGCCUGCUGGAGGAGCCUGUCUUUGCUUUCUACCUGAGCAGGAACUCCGAGCGGGGCAGCGAGGUGGUUUUUGGGGGCACAGACCCCUCACACUACACAGGAGAGAUCCACUGGGUCCCCGUUCAAAUGAACAGCCACUGGCAGCUGGUGUUUGAGGGGUUUGAGGUGAACCACCAGGCCACUGGCUGGUGUCAGAGCGGCUGCACGGCCAUCGUGGACACAGGUACCUCUCUCCUGGCCUGCCCACCUCAGUACGCCGACACUCUGCAUCAGAUGCUGGGAGGCUUCAAGGACCAGAACGAGAACAGACACUACGUCUUUAACUGCGAUGCUGUAAGCAGUCUUCCCACCCUGACCUUCGUGAUGAAUGGAGCCCACCUGCACCUGGAACCCUCCUCCUACGUGUUGACGGACUCUGACGGCAGCGGGUACUGCAGCAGCGGGAUCGAGGCAUCCCGCGAGACCUACAGGGACGGCAUGCCCUACUGGGUCCUGGGAGACGUCUUCCUCCGUCAGUUCUACUCGGUGUUCGACCAGGGCAACGGCAGAGUGGGCUUCGCCACGCUGGCUUAA